AUGACACGCAAAGACGGAACAGAGUCGGGAAAUGACGAAGUCCAAAAUCAAAUGGUUGCACAAGAGUCAGUAUCUGUAGAAGAGGUAAAAAUGUUGAGACAACAGAUGGCCGAAAUGUAUGAAGCUUGGAUGAAUGGGCAGGCUCCCUCAUCUUCAAUUCGGGAAUACCUGAAUGUCAAUAUACCAUUCCCCAUUCAAGUCUCAACAAGUGACCUGAUUUAUCCACCUAGAUUUGGACCCUACGUUAACACAUCUAAUACUGCUGAAACUUCCUCGGUACACCCAUUGAAUCCAUCCAUGAUGAAUAAUCCACUCUUCAUGCCAACUGUGCAAACUAAUGCAAUUACUCAACCAACACUAGUACAAAAAUCCAAUGAUGAUCAUAUACCCAAAGAUCAAUACGGCCAAGGUCAGGCCCCUAAAUUGACUUUCAAAAUUCCUGAUUCUUACCACCACACUCAUCAAUACAAUUCCCCCGUCGAGGUUGGAAAAACCAUUAAGGACAAGGAACAUGAAGAAAUUGCAAGAAAAAUGAGGAGGUUCAAAACUCCAAAGUUUGAUAAGUAUAAUGGUCAUGGCGACCCAGUGGCUCAUUUGAAAAGAUUUUGUAAUCAGCUAAGGGGAGCCGAAGGAAAAAAAGAACUUCUUAUGGCUUACUUUGGAGAAAGUCUAACGGGUGUAGCCUCAAAAUGGUUUAUCGAUCAAGAUAUUUCUCGAUGGCAUGUCUGGGAUGACAUGGCGCAAGAUUUUGUCCAACAAUUCCACUACAAUAUCGAUAUUGUUCCGGAUCGUAAUUCCCUAGCUAAUAUGAAGAAAAAAUUGUCUGAAAGCCUUAGGGAAUAUGCCAUAAGAUGGAGGGAGCAGGCGGCUAGAGUCAAACCGCCGAUGAAAGCCUAUGAAUUGAUUGAUGUUUUUCUCCAGGCACAAGAACCUGACUACUUUCAUUACCUUCUCGCUGCAAUGGGAAAGCCUUUCGCCGAAGCAAUUAAGAUCGGAGGACUGGUAGAGAACGACAUAAAAUCGGGUAAAAUUGUAAGCCAGACAGCCAUUAGAGCUACCACGCAAGCAAUAUAA